AUGUUUUUCAACAGAUUAAACGCCGGCAAGUUGCUGGUACCACUAACCGUGGUCCUGUAUGCACUUUUCGUGGUGAUAUUACCUUUACAGAAUUCUGUUCAUUCCUCGAAUGUCUUGGUUAAAGGUGCUGAUGAUGUCGAAAACUAUGGAACCGUUAUUGGUAUCGAUUUGGGUACCACUUAUUCCUGUGUUGCUGUUAUGAAGAACGGUAAGACUGAAAUUCUUGCCAAUGAACAAGGUAAUAGAAUAACUCCAUCUUACGUGGCUUUUACCGACGACGAAAGGUUGAUUGGUGAUGCUGCAAAGAACCAAGUCGCCGCUAACCCACAAAACACCAUUUUCGACAUUAAGAGAUUGAUUGGUUUGAAAUACAAUGACAGAUCUGUUCAAAAAGAUAUUAAGCAUUUGCCAUUCAAUGUGGUUAACAAAGAUGGCAAACCAGCCGUUGAAGUCGCUGUUAAAGGUGAAAAGAAAGUCUUCACUCCAGAGGAAAUUUCUGGUAUGAUCUUGGGUAAAAUGAAACAAAUUGCUGAGGAUUACUUGGGCACUAAGGUUACACACGCAGUUGUUACUGUUCCAGCUUACUUCAAUGACGCUCAAAGACAGGCUACCAAGGAUGCUGGUAUCAUUGCUGGUUUGAAUGUUUUGAGAAUUGUUAAUGAACCAACUGCAGCCGCCAUUGCCUACGGUUUAGAUAAAUCUGACAAAGAACAUCAAAUCAUCGUCUAUGACUUAGGUGGUGGUACUUUCGAUGUCUCCUUAUUGUCUAUUGAAAAUGGUGUUUUCGAAGUUCAAGCCACUUCCGGUGAUACCCAUUUGGGUGGUGAAGAUUUCGAUUACAAGAUCGUUCGUCAAUUGUUGAAAGCUUUCAAGAAGAAGCAUGGUAUUGAUGUUUCCGAUAACAAGAAGGCUUUAGCAAAAUUGAAGAGAGAAGCUGAAAAGGCUAAACGUGCUUUAUCCAGUCAAAUGUCCACUCGUAUCGAAAUCGAUUCUUUCGUUGAUGGUAUUGAUUUGAGUGAAACUUUAACUAGAGCUAAAUUUGAAGAAUUAAACUUGGAUCUUUUCAGAAAGACUUUGAAACCUGUUGAAAAAGUUUUGGAAGAUUCCGGUUUGGAAAAGAAGGAUGUCGAUGAUAUUGUCUUGGUUGGUGGUUCUACUAGAAUUCCAAAGGUCCAACAAUUAUUAGAAUCUUUCUUUGAUGGUAAGAAGGCCUCUAAGGGUAUUAACCCAGAUGAAGCCGUUGCAUUCGGUGCCGCUGUUCAAGCAGGUGUCUUGUCUGGUGAAGAAGGUGUCGAAGAUAUUGUUUUGUUGGAUGUUAACGCUUUGACUCUUGGUAUCGAAACCACUGGUGGUGUCAUGACUCCAUUGAUCAAGAGAAACACUGCUAUUCCAACCAAGAAAUCUCAAAUUUUCUCUACUGCCGUUGACAACCAACCAACUGUUAUGAUCAAGGUUUACGAAGGUGAAAGAGCCAUGUCUAAGGACAACAAUCUAUUAGGUAAGUUUGAAUUGACUGGUAUCCCACCAGCACCAAGAGGUGUCCCACAGAUUGAAGUCACAUUUGCCCUAGACGCUAAUGGUAUCUUAAAGGUUUCUGCCACUGAUAAGGGUACCGGUAAAUCUGAAUCCAUCACAAUCACUAACGAUAAAGGCAGAUUAACUCAAGACGAAAUAGACAGAAUGGUAGAAGAAGCUGAAAAAUUUGCCUCCGAAGACGCUUCUAUCAAGGCCAAGGUCGAAGCCAGAAACAAGUUGGAAAACUACGCCCACUCUUUGAAGAACCAAGUCAACGGUGAUUUGGGUGAAAAGCUAGAAGAAGAAGACAAGGAAACAUUAUUAGAUGCUUCUAACGACGUUUUGGAAUGGUUAGAUGACAACUUCGAAACCGCCAUGGCCGAAGACUUCGAUGAAAAGUUUGACUCCCUAUCAAAGGUUGCUUAUCCAAUUACCUCUAAGUUGUACGGUAACGCUGAUGGCUCUGCUGCUGGUGAUUAUGACGACGAUGAAGAUGAAGAUGACGAUGGUGAUUAUUUCGAACAUGAUGAAUUGUAG